AGUAUUAAUAUGACCGUAAAAGGAGUCGUUGAAGUUAAUAGUGAUGUUUUUAUGGAGUUGAAUAAGUUUGGGAAAUUUCAAUGUAUUCAAUAUAUUUUGAUAUGUCUGUCUAUUAUGAUGGUGUCUAUGACUAAUGUUAAUUACAUUUUUGUGGCUCAGGAAGUAGAUCACAGAUGUUUAGUUCCAAAAUGCGAAGAUCUGAAUCCAGUUGUGGAAAUACCUCACUGGUGGCCAAGUGAUGUAGACGAAAGAUGUUCUCAACCGGUUCUAGAUCAAGAGAAGUAUCAUCAAAAUGACAACUGUUCAAAGGAAACCUUCACCAAAGAAUUAAAUGAAUGUCAUGAGUGGGUUUAUGAAAAUAACGAUUCUGUCGUUUCCGUUCUAAAUUUGGGAUGUCAGCCAUGGAAAAUAAGUCUUAUUGGAACUAUACAUAAUGCCGGAAUGUUGUUAUCUAUGAUAAUAUCAGGGCUUUUAACAGACAAAUUGGGACGAAAACCCACACUUAUCAUGACCGUUUCUUGCGGCGUUGUAGGCUUAGUAAAAAUGUUCGCAACAAAUUUUUACUUAUACCUGGGAAUAGAAUUUUUAGAAUCAGUUUUAGCUUCUGGAUUGUAUACUGUUACUGCUGUUUUAUUAAUCGAACUGGGAGGUGGUGGGAGACGUGUAUUGGCAGGAGUGUUAGUAGGCACUUCAAUAUAUGUAGGAGAAAUAAUCUUCGGAUUGUUAGCAAUGGUCCUAAGAUAUUGGAAAUAUUUGAUUAUAGCUGUUUACUCGCCAUUGGUUAUGUUUAUAUUUUAUAUUUUUAUUUUAAAAGAAAGCACGAGAUGGCAAUUGAUAAGGGGUAAGAUCGUAGAGGCGAAAGAGACGUUUAAAUUAAUAGCAAAAAUGAAUAAAUUGUCGCUAACGGAAAAACAAAUAAGCGAUAUUUCUGGAGACGUAUUAUGCUUGAAACUAAAUGUGGUCGAACCAAAAGAGAAAGAGAGUUUCAAAGAUAUAUUAAAAUCCAAGGCUAUACUGAUACGUCUGGCUGUUAUGUCGUUCACUUUUUUUUCUAGUAACUUUAUGUAUAUCGGUUUAACGGUCAACUCAGUAUUUCUUCCUGGAAAUAAAUACAUAAAUUUCCUUAUCUCAGCGGUGGCAUCGAUACUUGGAGAUUUAAUAGCACUGUAUUGUUUUGCAAAGUACGAAAGGAGGAUAUGUUUGCAAUUUUCAUAUGUAUUUAGCGCAGUUUUUAUUAUAGCACACAGUUAUACUCCUAAUGAUAUAAUUUGGUUAAAGUUGUUACUAUUUUUAUGUGGAAAAAUGGCUGUAGUGAUUUGCAUGAUUGGUAUAUUCAUUUACACAAUCGAAUCAUUCCCGACCAAUACUAGAGGCAUCCUGAUAGGCCUUUGCAACACUGCGGGCAGAAGCGGAACUGUAUUGGCACCCUUAACCCCCUUACUGACUUCAUAUUUAGAGGCAUUUCCAUCUAUAUUGUUCACUGUAUCAGCCAUCAUAUCCGCUCUUCUACUUUCAUUUACACCGGAAACGAAGAACCUACCCAUGUUUGAUACUAUAAAACAAAUUGAAACGUAUGAUACAACUGUUGAGACAUAGACAAUAAAUGUUUUUUCUUAUCGA